AGGCGCGCUCAGUGAUUUGGCGCUUCACUGUCCGGUUAAUGUGCAGCAGUCAGGCACAUACUUCCUUUCCACAUUUCAAACAACUUUGCAAUCAUCCACCGUUCAUGGACAGUCAUGUCUGAGGAGGAAAUCAAGGUCCCUGAUGAACUUUUCAAAGAUGUUAAAUUUUACGUGGUUGGAGACAUUGAGCCAAAGGUGGUUCAGCUACUAAAAGCAGGAAAAGGAAAGGAGGUGUCCUACAAUGCUUUGGCCACUCACAUCAUUUCAGAGGACGGAGACAACCCUGAAGUGAGCGAAUCAAGGGAGGUGUUUGAUCUGCCUGUCGUCAAGCCAUCCUGGGUGAUUCUGUCUGUUCGAUGUGGAGAUCUGUUACCAGUAACUGGUUUCUCUCCAGAAUCAGGACAGAUAUUCUUUGGCGUGACAGCUUGUCUUCCCAGGCUUCCAGAUGAUCUCAAUGCGCUGUGGGCUUUUCUUACCUUUUAUGGUGGUGAAUGUCAGCUGAACCUAAACAAGAAGGUCACCCACUUGGUGGUGAAGGAGCCAAAAGGCGCGAAGUUUGAGUAUGCCCUGAAACAACCGGGCAUAAAGAUCGUCACUCCAGACUGGAUAACAGAUUCUGUUAAAGAUAAAAGCAGGAAGGAUGAGAGUCUUUAUCACCCCAGACUCACAUAUGUUGAGCCAGAGGAGGAGGAGAGCGAAGCAGAGUCAUAUGACAUGCGCUCUCAUUCAAAUGGUAGCUACAGCCCGCGGCACUCCCAGCCAUCCAGCGGGGGGUCAUCUGGUGAGGAGUCCAGCCCUCGAAGACGGCCAGGACCCAAACGGCUCAACUCCAUUUCGCCGACCUCUCCCCGAAAACCUGAGGUCCACAGUGAGAGGAUGUUCGAUGAUUCUGAUGACGACUCCUCCACAGAGAAGGAGGGCACCAACCUCAACUGGACACCAGCUGAGGUCGUAACACCACCGACAGUUGCUAUUCCCACUGGCAUCCCAAGACGGCGGGUUGGGCCAGCUGGCUGCAAAGAUCCAGUGUCCUCUACAGGCAGUGGGCUGAUUAACCUGUGUGCUACGGUACCUCCUGUUCCCAGCAGUGGAGGAGCGCUACCUGCAGAGGCUCGUGCUGCACAGCAAGGUGGAUCAGGCCCGGAAGGAAUGCCUGGAUGGAGCCCAGCUAUUAGAACGCUCCGCAAUAUCACCAACAACUCUGACAUGCAGCCAGCAAAUCGGCCCGUUGUUGCACAUAUCAUCCAAAACCUGGCUGGCAAUCAGACAAAGCCUGUGGAACAGACAAAUCAGAGCCAUGUUCAGACCCUGAACACUAACAACCCUCCUCAGUUUAGUCAAAGUAAACUUCCUAGACAGCCACUUACUGCAGAGCAGCAGCAACAACUACUCCAGCAGUCACAUCAGACUGGCCAGCAGCAUCAGCAGUUACCACAGCAACCACCACACCCCUUGAUGCACCUCCAGCAGCAGCAGCAGAUGAUGCAGCUGCAGCAGCAACAGUCACAGGUGCCACAGCCGCAAGGUUUCCCACAGUUGCCCCAACAGCAGCAACAGUUUCUUCAACAGCAGCAGCAAAUGCACCAACAGCAGAUGUUCUCCCAGCAGCAGCUGCGACCUCAGCAGCUCCUUAGACCAGGCCUACAGCAGCUGCAACACCAGCUGCAGCAGCAGUUUCAGCAGCAGCAGCGCAUGCAGAUGUUACAGCAGCAGCAGCAGCAGCAGCAGCAACAGCAGAAUCAGCAACAGUUCCACCAACAGCAGCUUAAGCAGCAACAUUUGCUUCAACAGCAGCAACACAUGCAACAAAUGCAAAAGCAGCACUUGCACAAUCAGCAGCAGCAGGUUCUGCAGCACCAGAACCAGCAGGUCCUGCAACAGCAGCAACAACAACAACAACAGCAGCAUCAUCAGCAGCAGACGGCCACGACGCUGCCCCCUCAGCUGCAGCAGCCUCCUCACAUCUCCCAGCUGUUUGGCCAUGAGAUGGGUCAGGACAUUCCUCAGGAUGGCUUUCUGCUGGGCUGUGUGUUUGCUAUUGCUGACUACCCUGAACAGAUGGCUGACAAACAGCUCCUGGCCACAUGGAAGAGGGUGAUCCAGGCAUGUGGAGGUGUUGUUGACCCCACUCUUACCAGCCGCUGCACUCACUUGUUGUGUGAAAGUCAAGUCAGCAACAUGUAUGUACAGGCCCUUCGAGAAGGGAAGCGCUGUGUGACUGCUCACUGGCUCAGCACGGUGCUGAAGAAAAAGAAGAUGGUUCCUCCUCAUCGGACUCUACAUCUGCCGUUUGCUUUCCCUCCUGGAGCCAAACCUUGCUCUCAGCAUAUCCUUUCAGUAACGGGCUUUGUGGAUGCAGACAGGGAUGAUCUGAAGCUGAUGGCGUACCUGGCUGGGGCCAGAUACACGGGGUAUUUGUGUCGUGGUAACACGGUCCUCAUCUGCAAAGCACCCAGUGGGAUGAAAUACGAGAAGGCCAAGGAGUGGAAGAUCCCAUGUGUCAACGCCCAGUGGCUGUGUGAUAUACUGCUGGGCAACUUUGAAGCACUGCGACAGAUUCAGCACAGCAGAUACUCGGCGUACACUCAGCUGGAGCCGCUGAUGCCAAACCCCCAGCUGGUUCAGAAUCUGCUUGCUGCUUGGAGAACUCCAAUCAAAGUUACUCCUGAAGCUUUGGUGAGCCUCCAGCUGCUCCAGAAGCAGAAGAUCUCCGAUUCUGCCAACCAACCUUCAAACAAGAAGGCCAGACUGGAACCGAUCCAAUCACCCAAUAGGAAGCUUCCUCCAGAGUCCACUCCACGGGUCAUGUUCACAGGCUUCGAGCCUAUGCAAGUACAACAGUACACCAAGAGGCUGCAUGCUUUAGGUGGUGAGGUGGCAGAGAGCAGUCAGACAGCCACACACCUGCUGGCCAGUAAGGUGACACGCACCGUCAAGUUCCUCACUGCUAUGUCUGUGGUGAAAUACAUCACCACACCAGAGUGGCUGGAGGAAAGCUGGAGAAGCCAAAAGUUUGUGGAUGAGCAGAGUUACACUCUGAGGGAUGCAGAGGCAGAGGUGUUGUUCAGCUUCAGUCUGGAGGAAUCCCUGACGAGAGCCCACAGUGCACCUCUUUUUAAGGGGAAGUAUUUCUACCUCACUCCGGGUAUCUGCCCCAGCCUCAGCACCAUGAAGGCCAUCCUGGAGAGUGCUGGAGGAAAACUGCUGGCCAAACAGCCCUCGUAUAGAAAGAUCAUGGAACACAAGCAGAACAAGAACCUUCCUGAGAUCAUUUUAAUUUCCUGUGAUAAUGAUCUCCACCUGUGCAGAGAAUAUUUCAUGAAAAACAUUGAUGUCCACAAUGCAGAAUUCAUCUUGACGGGAGUUCUCACCCAGAAACUUGACUACGAAUCAUAUAAGUUCACCUGAUGAAGUGGGAAGAUCCUCGCUGACGUCUCUUUGGACAUCUGUGCAUAGUUCGUUUUUUAGCUUUUGUUACUUGUUUUAAAAGGAAUUGUAUUUUUGUGAAACGAUUGGUAAAAAUUAUGACGUUUAAUCUAUUUACUUGUUGAAAAACGUUGUAUAAAUGCUUCAGCUUGUACACAAUGCUUUUUAAAAAUAAAAUAUUUGUGUAAA